AAACGCUUAAAAAUCCAACUGGCUCACGUUCUUUCCAACCAACCCAGUUUGACAGCUGCUCUUCACCCCACUUGGAGGACUGUCAGCAGCAAGAGGAUGGCAUCAGAGCUGGCAAUGAGCAACUCCGACCUGCCCACCAGUCCCCUGGCCAUGGAAUAUGUUAAUGACUUCGAUCUGAUGAAGUUUGAAGUGAAAAAGGAGCCGGUGGAGCCCGAUCGCAACAUCAGCCAGUGCAGUCGCCUUAUCGCCGGGGGAUCCUUGUCUUCCACCCCGAUGAGCACGCCGUGCAGCUCGGUGCCCCCUUCUCCAAGCUUCUCGGCGCCCAGUCCGGGCUCGGGGAGCGAGCAGAAGUCACACAUAGAGGAUUUCUACUGGAUGUCCGGUUAUCAACAGCAGUUGAAUCCAGAGGCGCUGGGCUUCAGCCCCGAAGACGCAGUCGAGGCGCUGAUCAACAGCAGUCACCAACUCCAGUCAUUCGAUGGCUACGCCAGGGGCCAGCAGUUUGCUGGCGCAGCCGGAGCAGGAGGCACCAUGGCCGGGGAAGAGAUGGGGUCCGCCGCGGCGGUGGUGUCGGCAGUUAUCGCUGCAGCAGCCGCUCAGAACGGAGGGCAGCACCACCACCACCACCAUCACCACCACAGCAACGGCCACCACCAAGCACCCGGGGGCCAGUCCAACGGCACUUCUGGGUCAAUUCACCCACACAUGCGCUUGGAUGACCGGUUUUCAGACGACCAGCUGGUCAGCAUGACAGUGCGGGAACUCAACCGGCAGCUACGGGGGGUCAGCAAGGAAGAAGUGAUGAGAUUGAAACAGAAGAGGAGGACCCUAAAGAACAGAGGUUACGCACAGUCCUGCCGGUACAAGCGAGUCCAGCAGCGGCACGUCCUGGAGGGGGAGAAGACGCACCUCAUCCAGCAGGUCGAUCACCUAAAGCAGGAGAUCUCCAGGCUGGUCCGGGAGAGGGACGCGUACAAAGAAAAGUAUGAGAAGCUCAUCAGCAACGGCUUCAGAGAAAAUGGAUCCAGCAGUGACAACAACCCUUCAUCCCCGGAGUUUUUCAUGUGAGUCUCGACAUAAUCGUGAAACAUCAGAUGGGUUACUCACCCCCGCUUACAAAAGUUGUCAUGAAACAUUUUUUUUCCUUCAUUUGGCGCAAAAACUACUAGACCAAGAACUAAUUUGUCAACUUUUUUACUUUUUUAUUUUAUACAUUUUGAAACGUCUGCGACUGUUUUUAGAUGUGUAAUGCUUUGUCCUCCUUGUUUUUAAUUUUGGAGAGACAUUUUAGGAACACUUUCAUCUACGUUUUGCUAUCAUACCCAGUAUAUUAUGCAUAGCCUGUUUUGUUUUUCAUCGUUGUUCAUUAGAUUUGAAGUGUUUGGGUAAAGUUGAUCCAACUUUAUGCUGCAGUAUACGAAGUGUGCAUGCAAGCACUAAGUAUACUCCAGUGUACAGUGUACAUAUUCAGUGGACAGAUUCAUGUCAAACUGCAUCCAUCAACAAUAUGUUGUUGGUCUUUUUUUACCUUUCUUUUUUUUUGUGCCAAACUUGGAGGAUUGCGAGCCUGCCGUUUGACGCCACCUCAUCUCAUACGUUUGCUUGCUUUUGUGUUGAGCAACAAAAGACUGUAUUCAUUACAAACUAUCCAUUGUUUUUUUAAAGAGAUGUCUUAUUGAACUUCCCUGCAUGCUGGACAUGUAUGGUUUUUUUUUCUUUCUGUGCUUGAAGAUGUUCUUCUUGUCGGAUGACUCCAGCAUGGCAUUCAUAACUUCAUUUAUGGCCUCCUCACUUUUUUGGGACAGCAACAAAAAAGUGACAAGACUUCCCAACCCCUCAUGCGAGUGCAUUUCAGCUGUGUUGAAGUGCACCACCACCGGCUGUCAUCAGGCUGCAGUGAAUGCCCGAUGCGUUCCUUAAGGAAGCUGAUCGGCGGGGAUCCUGUGAGGGAAAGAAAAGACUUCACUGUAAAGGAGCUCACCGAUCCCUUUCCUGGAAGUCUAGUCCUGUAUUACCUAUAUUGUUAUUUAAAGAUAUUCCUCUCUGCAUUUGACAACCAUUAACCAUAAAGUGUAAUUUAAAUACAAAGUUGAACAGUUGCAAAAGAAAACGUGCUACAGGUUGAAUCAUAUAGAUUAAUAUGAUCCUUAUUAAAGGCGAUUGCUAAACAAAAGUAUUGAAACAAUGGUUUAAAGAAAUUGGCUCGGC